CAAACUUCCAUUGUUGUUGUUGUUCUUCUUCUUCUUCGCUCGAAACCCUAGGCCUGAAAUUGUUCGAUCUCGAUCUUGAGUUCCAAUUAGGGUUUUGGAGGUUUCUGUGCUGUGGGAAAUCAGAAUUUGAAGAAUGUGAGGUAGUUUUUUGAGCUUUAUGGGUUGAUUUGGGUACUUCAACGAUGGUGUCUUGGGACGGGAAGAUUCGAAGGAUGAGGGUUCCGAAGAGGGUCUGGUUAAUUUUCCAAAAAUCUAUGGGGCUCCUCGUGGGUGGAAAUCACACAUCAUCCAGGUUUUGUACUCGCUAAAUUUCUUUUGUUUCUCUGUGUUGAUAUUAUUUUGAGGAAUUAUUCCGAUUUUACUUCGUCUUCGACGACGAUAAACGAAUUCUGUGCUGAGAUUGACUGGUGAUUGGAGAAAUGAGUUUGAAGGCUUUGAAAUGGCAGAUCGCUCAUGGGGCAUUGGCCAGGCGUGUUGUUGUUCGAACAUUCCUUCUGGCCUUGGCUGUUUCGACUGUUCCUUUGUUGCAUAUUUUGACGGGUACCGAUUUCGGAGUGAUCUUUCGCGAUUGUGUUGUAAAAUCUGGCGAUGUGGAAGCGAGAGUUUCUCGCGGUUCGUAUAUGUUUCAAGGUCACUUUCUGAAUCCAAUUUGGGAGCCAUUCGUAGCGAUUCACUGUGAGGAAAACAUGAAUCUGACGACUAAUGUCGUUGCUGAGCUAAUGGAGAAGAAAUUGUUGGAUCAUAGUGCAAAAUCUCUCUGCGUUGGAGAGGGAUCGGGCUCCGCCGUUUUGGCACUGAGGGGCAUGGGAUUCAAUGAUGUUAUUGGUGUUGGUGAACACCGAUUUUUCUCUCUAAGGAGAAAACAGUUCGUUUAUGAACUGGACUUUAAGGAUCAAUACUUUGAUUUUGUUUUCUCUAGAGACCUAGACAGGUACUCAGUCCCUGCACUUUUGGUGCUCGAGAUCGAGCGUGUGAUUCGACCUGGCGGAAUUGGGGCUGUUAUUGUGGGCACGACUGGUUCAGUGCUGAAUAAUUUGAUUAGAGCUGCAAUUCCAGUGUCUUCUUUGCUUAAAGCUUCCACUGUGAUGCAUGUUGGCCAUGUUAAUAACUUAACUCUGGUUGUAUUUAAGAAGAAACUCGAAGAAUUUGCGCAUUCGGAGCCUCGCCCGUCGUUUGAAUGUCGCUCUCUCACAAGGAACAAGCCUUUAAUUCCAAAAAUGGAGCCUCUUGUGAAAGCAAAAUCCCUUGACAAGAAGCUGGCUUAUUUGCCUAAGCUUGUAAAUGCUUCCAAUGGCGAAAAGUUGGUUUAUGUUAAUAUUGGUACAGGGAAGCGCCUGAAUUACACCAACAGAGAUUGGUUUCCACCUUCUUAUCCGGUGGAUCGCAGAGAUUUUAAUGUUUAUUUUGUUGAUUACGACAUGUCCUCUCUCGCCGCACAUAUCCAUAUGCCUGGAGUCACGUUUGUCUAUCAUCCUGGCCUGGCUGGAACUGAUCGUACUACAGAUAACGACGGCGCUGAUGAUGAAGACGAAGAAGAACCUUACAUCGACGACGAGUUUGAUUUUCUAUCUUGGUUCAAGGAAACUGUACAGCAUGCCGAUUUCGUCGUCUUGAAGAUGGAUGCAGGGAAGGAGGAACUGAAGUUUCUAUCAGAUUUGUUCGAAAGUGGGGUGAUUUGCUGGGUGGACGAGCUGUUUCUAAGCUGCAGAGAUGGGGUUGAUGAAGAUGGUGAGGUGAAGAAAAGAGACUGUAUGGAUCUGUUCAAGGAUUUGAGAAACAGUGGUGUGUAUGUCCAUCAAUGGUUUCUGGAAGCUCCAUCCUCCAUGAAACUCUGAAGCUGCGUCUGUUUGGUUGGUAAGCAAGAAAAUGGCUGAGUUGCUGUGUGGUUGGGCGCUCUACCAGAGACUUUUAUAAUAAGCAACCCCACUAUGUUUGUUUCCUUUUUGUUUUUCAAGCACUGAACCGCUGAACUGCAUCUGCAUGGUUCUUUGGUUUGAAUAAACAAGUCUUGUUUGUGUUCGCUGUAUGGUUGGUGAUGGUGUUGAUGUUGAUGCACUUUUUUAAGUUUGAUUAUGAUUUUAUGA